AUGAAAGAGGAUGAAGCUGAUAAUAAUAAUAAAGACACAGAAAAUCAUGAAAAUACCAAACGUAAUAGCUUAAAACCAUCCAAGAAACUUAACAGGUGGAGCAUACAGAUACCCAAGCUAAAUAUUAGUGCCCCAGAGAGUGAUAACAGCUCUAUUGAGGACAUAGAAUUCGAUAAUACAGAUAUUUUACAUCCUGGAACUGCUCCUACCAUAAGAGGCCUUUCAUCUCCACGUUUUAUUAUUACGGAUCAUAAAGGUGAAUCUAGUGACAACUACUUUAGUGCUAAGCCGUCUGCAAUCGAAUCCGAUAUAACAGUUCAUAACAAUAAUGGUCUAAGUGCGAAAAAAAUAAAUUGGAAAAGACCAGCUUUAACUUUAACGAUACCUUCUUUUAGUAACCCAAUUAAGGUUAUAAGUCCAAAUAGUAGCUCAGGAAGGAGUUCCCCUAGAUUCAACAAAAGUCAACAACAGGAUGGAUACCUAACGUCAACCAGCCAAAAUUCAAGGAAAAAUUCAUUUGCUUCAAUUAAGGAUAAUACUGAUUCAGAUUCUAAUAUAUCGAGAGUCCUAACCUAUAUUGAUAAUGAGGAAUUAGAAGAAUAUGAAGAUAUUCAAAGGGAGUUUAGAAGUGCAAUUGAUGGAAAUGGCUUUAGUUGGUUACCUCAAUUAGAUAACACAGGACCAAAAAGUUCAUCUCCUCGAGAAUUAUCACCUGUGUCGUUACAUUCACCAAGUGAUCUUGAGCCUUCAAUCCAAUCAAAUUUAGAAUUAAAUAUUUUUACUCAGCCAAGUGCUAACUUGGAAUCCAGUAAAUCUCCUUUACAUUUUUCUUCUGCGACAACGGAUAAAAAGGUUUAUUUUAAUACAGACAAUAAUGUUGAUGAACAAACACUUGAGAUAACAUAUGAACAGGUAAAAGACUCACUUUCUGAAGAAGUUGAGUUACCAAAUUUUGACGAUUUUUUUGAUAAAAAUGAGUAUAAUCAUUUAAGAUUAUACGGUCAUUCAUUAGCUAUUUUUUCAGAGACAAACUUAUUAAGAUAUAGGUUAGCAAAACUGCAUGUCAAUCCAAAAUAUAAGUUAUUAUAUUACAUGUUACUAAUAAUAUUCACAAUUCUUUUAUCAUACAGAACAUACAAUCCCACCAAUUACGAUUUUUUGUAUCAUUUUUCAAGUCCAAUAGAUACAAUCAACUUUGUUCUUUGCAUUUUAUUUUCCAUUCAUGAUGUUACUCAAAUUAUUGCAUUUGGAUUUUGGGAUGAUUCAGAAAUGUUUCGGGCACAUUCAAGAAAUUAUGUUUCUAUUGUAGAGUGGAUAGGGUUAGAUAAGUUUUACACAAAAAUGAGGAAUCGUUACGGUGCAAUUGUUGACGUGAUAAUUCCUGUAAGAUUAUUAUCUAACAUUAACCGGUAUAAAAAAAAUAUUUUUAGCAUGAGAAGUUCAGUUACACAGACUUUUGAGUCAGAACCCAAACUUCGAAAAUUUGAUUGUCCCAGAGCAUUUGCUCGUUCAUCUUGGAAUAGAAAUGAUUUAAUUGCAAAUGUCAGUUUCUGGAUUGGAUUAUUACUCUCCAUUAAUAAUUUUGAUCGUAGAACUGGAUUAAAUUUAUUUAGAACUCUGGCAAUCUUACGUAUACUUAGAUUAUUAGACACAGAUACAGGUAUAUCUGCCGUUCUUCGUGGAUUAAAAGUUGGUAUCCCCCAAUUACUUUCUGUUGGAUCUAUGUUAGUAUAUUUUUGGACCUUUUUUGGUAUAUUAGGUGUUCAAAUAUUUAAUAAUUCAUUAAGAAGACAAUGUGUUUGGAUAAACCCUGAUGACUCAUUAGAUACUUAUCAAUACGACAAUCAAUUCUGUGGAGGGUAUUUAGACCCUACAACGAAGGAAGCAUUAAAUUACGUUUAUUAUGAUGGUGAAGUGGGGCCUAAUAGUAAAGGGUUUCUAUGUCCUGUUAAUUCCAAAUGUAUCUCUAAUGCAAACCCUUUUAAUGGUAGAGUCAGUUUUGACAACAUUGUAAAUUCAAUGGAAUUAAUUUUUGUGAUAAUGAGUUCAAACACAUUUACCGAUUUGAUGUAUUACGCGAUGGAUGCAGAUGAAAUGCCUGCCAGUUUAUUCUUUAUUGUGUCAACGAUUGUAUUAACUAUAUGGAUGCUAAAUCUUUUGCUUGCAGCUCUGGUUACAUCUUUUGAGAUAGCAGAUGCACAAUUUAGAGAAAAAAUGGCCAGGAAGGCAAAAACCAUCGAAAGCCUACCACUACGUUUAAUCGACGGUUAUUGGAAAUAUUUUAAAUACAAAGCUGAAAAAUCUAAUUUAGCUGAAUGGGUGCAGAAAUGUUUGUUUUACUACGAUAAGAUCAAAGUUAUAUUUAUAGUCGCUAUUGCAAUUGAUUUGGUAACACGAGCCUUACCGGAAUCUGAUAGCAGUCUAUCCAAAUUGAGUACAAUUUUUCAAAUAGAAAAGGCUAUUACAAUUAUUCUAUUUAUAGAAUCAGUAUCCAUUUUAUUUCUUCAUUCAUCUAAUCUAUGGAAAUUCCUUACGACCCCCACUCUGUUAAUAGAUUUCAUUACCUCAAUAGUGACGUUAACUGUCACUUUAGUACAAGAAACUUAUGAUAUUGGUCAAAUUUACCAAUGGCUGUCUAUAUUUCAGAUAUCUAGAAGUUAUCGUGUGAUCAUGUAUUUUGACUUUCUUAGAAAGCUUUGGAAACGUGUUUUAACAAAUUAUAUUAUGAUUUGGGAUCUUACUGCUUUCUAUUUUCUAUUCAUUUACUUGGCUUCAAUUAUUGUCUCAGUUUAUUUUGAAGGUUACAUACCAGCAUCUGAAGAAGAUGAUACUGAAUAUGGAAUGUAUGGUUUACCAAAUUCAUUCAUCUCUUUAUUUAUAAUUGGAUCUACCGAAAAUUGGACGGAUAUUCUUUACAAUCUACAACAACAUGCUCCUAAUAUAUCUUCUGCCAUAUUCUCUUCGAUCAUAUUGAUUAGCUGGUUUAUUGUUUCAAAUUUUGUUAUUUUGAAUAUUUUCAUAGCAAUUAUCUCAAGAAGUUUUUUUGUUAAAGAGAAUGAGAAAAGAUAUUUACAGAUAAGACAUUAUAUGAAAUAUUUAUAUCCGAGAAAACUUCAGGAAUAUAGACAUGCUACUUUGCUUAGAAGAAUUCAAAGAAGACUUUUCAAAAAGGAAGAUGACAGGCCAGUCGAUUUUAAACAAUUUUUAAUCAGAGGUACCGCUAUUAUGAACAUAGCUAAUGACAUGGAAAAUUUAAUGGAUGAUAUAAACCAUAACAUUGAGGAAGGUUUAAAUCUCACAGAUUUUAAGAAUUGGGUUCUUAAUCUCUCGUUUUUUAAACAUUUCCCAUUUUUUACCACUAAUCCAUUUUAUUUUGAGUCAAAAGUAAAAUACAUAGAAAGUAAUGAGAAAGGAUAUAAACAUUACAUGCUCGAAUUUGAUGAAUAUCAAUCCGCAAAACUGGAUUAUUUAAAGCAAUAUCCUAGUUUUAACUACACAUAUUUCAUUUUCCCUCCAAACCAUAGAUUGCGUUUAUUUUGUCAGAAAAUAGUAGCGCCCUCAGUAGGUCAAAGAACAGAUGGUGUAAAAUUUUAUGAAGAUACUACAGAUAUAUACAAUAAGAAGUCGUAUUUUCACAAUUUGCAAAGAGAUAUAAGUGUUGUGAUUAUUAGUCUAAUAACUGUAUUCUUAGUGGUUCUGUCAUGUUUUGUUACUCCAUUAUAUGAGUAUUCAAAGAAGCUUUCUUUGCACAGUUGGGAAAACGUUAGUGAGUAUUUUUUUUUAGUCAUUUUUACAAUUGAAUUUUUUAUUAAGACAAUUGCAGAUGGCUUUGUAUACACUCCAAACGCGUAUUUAAGGAACCCAUGGAAUUGUAUCGAUUUCACAGUUCUUAUUUCGAUGUGGAUAGAUUUCAUUGCUACCAUAAAGAAAGAGGAUGCACUAGCAAAGGGGUUUAAAGGUUUAACUGCUUUAAGAGCCUUAAGGUGUCUGACAAUAAGUAAUACAGCUAGAGAAACAUUCGUCAUUGUUAUAUAUGAUGGUAUUGGAAAGAUUUUUGAAGCAUCUUUAGUUUCAUUGACAUUAUUAUAUCCUUAUACAAUUUGGGGGUUGAAUCUCUUUCGUGGCAGAUUAGCAACCUGUAAUGACAAUGAUGUUGAUAUGUUAGGUUGUUAUAACGAGUAUUCCUCUGUUGUCUUUAAAUGGGAUGUUCUAACACCUAGAGUAUAUGAGAACCCAAAUUUAUACAUGGACAACUUUUCAAGUACUUUUAGAUCAUUGUAUGAAGUAAUGUCUUUAGAAGGGUGGACAGACUUGUUAUCAAAUCUUAUGAAUAGUUCUGGGGUGGGUACUAUCCCCUCCACGUUUGCAACUCCCGUGAAUGGUACUUUCAUGAUUUUAUUCAUUUUUUCUAGUAUGGUUUUUAUUUUGAACCUAUUCGUUUCUUUCGUUAUAAACAACCAUGCUAGAAUUGUAGGUACAGCGUACCAGACAUCUGUAGAGAAAUCCUGGUUAGAAUCAAAAAAGAUUUUGUCCCAAGUGACUCCAAACUAUUAUCCAGAUUUAAUCAAUAUAUCUAAAGUUAGACAAAUUUUUUUUAAGUUGACUGUUUCUAAGAAGAAUUUAGCUUAUUCGACGGUAAUCAAUAUCACAUUGUAUCUGCAUGUUAUAUUUUUACUAUCUAUUCACAGUUCGGAAAAAGCUAACACGAUUUUAUUUGCAACAAGAUAUUUUAUGUUUUCAACUACUAUUUUGACAUCACAUGAAUUAAUGUACUUCCUUGCUUUAGGGAAAAGAGCCUAUUUCAAAAAGGGGUGGCCUUUUGUUAGACUUUGCAUCACAUUCCUAGCAUUUUUGUUCACAUUGCUGCUGUUUCAUAUCCCCAGGGAGAACUUUUGGUUUCGUAACAUUACUCAAAUUGUUCAAUUAUUAAUAUUUCUAUUUUUGAUACCACAAAGUGACAUGCUUACUGAAUUAUUACAAACUGGCAUGGCCAGUUUACCAUCGUUGUUAUCAUUACUAUAUACAUGGGGAAUUUUAUUUUUGGUAUAUGCUAUUGCAUUAAACCAAAUUUUCGGCACUACUAAGUUGGGGCCAAAUACUACAGGUAAUUUGAAUUUCAGAACUGUCAUCAAAUCACUGAUAGUUUUAUUUAGAUGUAGUUUCGGGGAAGGUUGGAACUAUAUAAUGGAUGAUUUAACAGUAGAGAAGCCAUAUUGCUCUGCGGAAAAUGGCUAUUCAGAUUGUGGUUCUAUCCCAUAUGCAUAUAUCCUUUUAAUUUCAUGGAAUCUGAUAUCUAUGUAUAUUUUCACUAAUAUGGUUAUCUCAUUAGUAGUUAGCAAUUUCAGUUAUGUUUUCAGAAGAGAAAAUUCUAUAUCAGCAAUCAAUAAGCACGAGAUCAGAAAAUUUAUCGAAGCAUGGUCUAAUUUUGAUUCCAAUGGUAACGGUAUUUUAGGCCAUCAUUAUUUACCAAAAUUAAUGCAUUCAUUCGAUGGACCCUUAUCAUUCACAAUCUGGGGAGGGCGUCUUAAAAUAAAAUCUUUAGUCGAGAACUAUAUGGAAGUUAACCCAAAUGAUCCUUAUGAUGUAACCGUAGACUUUGAAGGUUUGAAUAAAGAAUUAAAUAAUAUCGAUAAGGAAAAGGUAAUCCUUAGGAAAACGCAAUACCGAAGAUUUGUACAACAGGCUUUUCAUAUCAAUGCAUAUGAAGAUUAUAUUAGGUUUUCUGACCUUCUAAUGCAAAUUCCAUUAUACACGGUUUAUAAUCCAAGAGAAUGUCUUGGUAUUGAUGAAUAUGUUCAACAUCUUUAUGUAAUGAGUAAGGUGGAUAAAUUUUUGGAUAAUCAAAAACAUUUUGACGUAUUAAACAUGGUUGUUGAUAAAUGGAAAUAUAUUUCCAGUAAGAAGUAUGGGAGAAAGAUGCACGCAACGAAUCCUUUUUCGAAUGAGUAUGAAGUAAAGAAAUAUAACUCUCUAUCCAAACAAGAUGACAAUGACUUGGAAGUAGAAUCAAUACCUUUGAAGACGCCAGCUCCUGAGUUUGCAGAUUCUAAUUUUAAUUGGUCUUACAGUCGAAGCCCAGAAAGGGUUAACUCGACGCAGUUUAAAAGGCCUUUAUUUGCCAGAGGAGAUGCUCUUGAAUCUAUAGAAAGGUUUGAUAGUAUUGAUGAUGACCCAGAAAAGGAUUCAGAGAUAGAAUUGCAAAAUGUACAUAAAAACACAAAACACAAAAAGUGA